ACACUGUUGAGGAUCUGGGACUGCUUUCUCCUGGAAGGGCCCAAGGUGUUAUUCCGAUUUUCGUUGGCGAUCUUACACCUACACAGCAAGGAGAUCAUCCUCAAGUGUGACACCAUCAGCGUCAUGCGUCACCUCAAGACAUGCGCCAAGAUCACCUAUGACGUGGACGGUCUCAUUUGGACAGCCUUCAAGACACUAAAGCCGUUCCCCCGUCGCCAGGACAUCGUCACCAAGCAAUUGUGUUACCUCAACUCACUGAAGGAGAAAUAUCGGUUCCGGGACUUGCAGAGGGCAUCAUUUGUUGAGAGAGAGAACUGUUACUUGGCCAUGGAAGCUGAUGCUGAUAACUACACUGGGUUUGAAAGCUGUGUAAUCACCAGACCAGGGGAAGCAUGGGUGGCCUAUGGAGAACCUCCAUUUGCCAAGAUCUGUAUUGUGGAUUGUCAGGCACAGAUUAUGACUGAUACCAGAAUCAAGUUUGACAGUCGUGUCAUGUCAAUGGCAGUUGCUGAAAAUGACAUGGUACUGAUAGGCACUCUUGCGUGGGAUAUUUAUGCCUAUAAUCAGUACACAAGGGAGAUGUGCUGGCAACAGAGGGUACAUGAUGCCGUCUUAUCCAUGCAGGUCUACAAAGAAGAUGAUGGGGAGUGCUCAAACAGAUUAUUUGCAGCACUGGCAGAUGGCACGGUGGCAGUGUUUGAGACAAUAACUGAGUCCUGUACAAACUAUGAUGUGCUCUAUCUUCCCAUUGGACAAUCACCAGUCACGUGUCUGAAGCUGCUAGGCAACCAGUUGUGGUGCGCCUGUGGGAACACAGUUUCAAUUAUUCACGCCAGCACACUGGACCCUAUGGACAGAUUCACCGUCUCAGGAAACCCAUAUGACACGGUUCUGUCCCUGGUACCGGGUCUUCCUGGUGUGUGGAUCUCUGUCAGGGGAUCUUCGGUUUUGGAGCUCUGGGAUCCUAUGUCCCUGUCCUGUAAGAUGCUCUACGACACACGGACAGGAAGGUACCCCAACCUGCGCAAGGAAGACGACACGUACUUCAAUGCUGCUCGAAUCACCUCCAUCCUGGCAAUGGACUACAGUGUUUGGGUUGGCACUGGCGAAGGAAUUCUCACCACUUUUGAUGUCUUUCUGCAAAACAAUAGAACUCCAUCUGAUACCUCACCUUUUCUCACAGAAAAUCCCAUCGUCGGCUCAGAACUGGGGGAUUCCCAGUCCUGGAAGUCUUCUGCAUUUCUCUCACAUGCCAGUGAAUCUGAAAGCUACACUCGUCUGCUAGAGGUUGAGAGGCGGGAGAAGAAUUUACAUCACCAGCAAGUUGCCACAGAAGAAUUUCAUAACUUGAAGAACAAAAUGCCUGAAACUUCUUUCAUUGAUGGUAAAGUAGAAAGUCGCAACGAUGCUUCCAACAAUGUGGAUGUCAAUUCAGUUCAUGCAGGUCCUGACUUGAGUGUUCAAGACGUUCAUGAAGUAAAACUUAAACACCCGCUGAAGUUGACUGAGAGAACUGAAUCAGAAGAUUCGGUGAAAAGUGUUGAUUCUGACAAUGUUUUCCCAGAGUCUAAACCUUCCCUGAAAGAUCCACAAGUAGUUCGUACAUCUCCAACUCCUGAAACAAAAAAUUGCCCUGAUAGUGAUUUUACUCAUGCCAAUUACAGUAGUACAGACAAAGACAAUUUAAACGAUGAUGUGAACAUCAAGCAAGUUACCGCCACAGAAAAUUACUCCAACAAAGUUUAUUUAAAUGGUGAUAUUGAUGCCGGUUCAGAUCUUUCAGAUGAUGACAGUGACACCAAGCAAUCUAAUGAAGCUCUGUUUGAUCAGCAUUUACUAGACCAGUCUGGAAAUGUCAAGGCUCUAGCUGCACAGUUUGAAGGAAAGGCCUUUCGGAAAGACAAUGAUUACAUAAAAUUUAAAAUGCGAAGAAGUCAGAGUUUGAAAAUGAACUUUAAACCGACUACCCCAAGUUUAUGCCAUAUAGAAAGACUAAAUGAAACAUGUAUGUUGAGUGAGGAAGAAGAAUAUACAAAUCCGGAUAUCAGAAAGAGUAUUGACAAUUCAGAAUAUGUUAGGUCUGUUUUAACUGUAGAGAAUCCUAUUGGUACAAAUCCAGACAUCGUAUUGCCUGAUGAGUCAGCAUUGAUUGAUACAUCGUGUGGCUCUGGAGAAAAUCAGUCUAUCACAGAGAAUCACAAAGUCCAGGAUUAUGACAGUGCAAGUAAAGCUGAAAAACAAAGAGCUGCAAGUCAGUUGAGACAAGAAUUGGAAGAUACAAAACACGUAAUCACCUCAAAGAUAUCCACCUCUUCAGAAGAAAUUGUUAUGCAUUCAAAUUAUGUAAACCAGCUUAUCACAACAGUUGGCCAAUCCAGGCCCACAAUGGAAACGCUGUCUACACCAGAAAUUGACACCAGAUUUUACGGGGAUUCAGAUGAGGACAGCUGUGUCCAUGAAGCCCGAGUCCAAUCCUUCAAGGACAGCUACAAGCGAAAAUCUGCUGCCAAAUUUCGAUCUGUUAAUGAGGUAGUUCAGGAGACCAUCACAGUUGCAUCUAAAGACAGUGGUAAUUCUAGCAUAGGUACUGUUGAUAUACAUACAGGAACUGAAUCUAAGCAGACAGCAGAAUCAAGUAACUCUUCAGAUGAUUCAGGAAAUUGCAGCAGAAAACCGUCUGUGUCAGAAACAUCUUCCAUCAGUUCUCCAAAUUCUUACUCUAAAAUUGUUCGGCAAAAUUCUGAUGCAAGUCUCACUUUUGGCAACGUUCAGUCACAUGACCUUGAUGCUCAGUGGCGGUUGGAUUAUACCAAUAUCCAUGUGGAUACAGACAAGGACAGCCCAGCCAUGUCAACAGCAGGUGGUGACAGUGAUUCACUGUCACCCAGUCGCCGGCUCAGUUGUGUAAGCAACUCCUCCGACAUGAAGGACCAGAGCGUGGAAAGUCGAACAAGCAUUGCUAGCACCCUGGACAUGUUCUACGGAGCUGACCUCUCGCUCAUGAGUAAAAAUAAAAUCUCAGACAAACCGAUCAAAUGGCUAGUGGCCACAGAGAGCCAGGGAAAGCCUAUUGUGAUCAGUUUUGCAGGAUCUCACUCAGACGAUGAGGCCGUUCUAAUAUGGUCUCGUGAUGCCAAUGAGACUUUGUGGACUAAUUGUCCUGUGUUUGAGUACAACCCAGCCACAAGAAAGGCCACGCUGCCUCGGUACAUGAGAACACAGAUGUCCGCUGCAUCCUCUGCUCAUAACAGUCCAAAACACAGGCAUAGCUUAAAUAUCUUUUGA